AUGCCAAUGCUUCGACAAAUGAAUGAUGAAAUGUGCGCAAAGGAAGAAUUGUCAAAGGUAGAGAAAAAGAUAAGAAGAAAAUGCAAAGGAGACAAGGCGGAUAACAAUGAUGAUGGUGAACAUUUUACAAAUGAUGGAAAUUUACCCUAUUCAAAUUAUUACGCUGAAAGAAAUGACGAUGAAGGUUGUAACAAAUCGGAUGAUCAAUCGGAUGACGCACCAUACAAUUUGGGAAAUGCAGUGAGUAGAAAUAUUAGAACAGAUGGAGUUCUCAAUGAGGGAGAUGUCUACCAUAGAAAAUUUAAUAGCGGCCAUGCCUAUGAUGAAGAAUAUUCUAACGUAAAUGACAAUACAAGAGGAGGUAUGUAUGAAGAGAAUGUUCGUAUUGGGGAGGCAGUGAACAAGGGUGGAACAAACUUAGAAUCGAACCUAAAGGAAUCAUUUAUGACAAUGCUUAAUAUGAAAUGUAAUAUGCAAGAGGGAAAAAUACAGGAUAGGGAGAUCAGCUCGUAUAAGGAAUUUUUAAAAAAUAAUUCGAAUGCAGAUUUGAGCGAUCCUGUUACCAUCUAUGAGGAAAACACCAAUGGGAAAAAUGGCUUAGAUAAUGUAUCCAAUGAUGAUUUCGUCCAUCAGGACAAACAACACCAGUGCAAUGAGAUGAGUAGGGAUGAUUUUGUUAAAGAGUACAACGAAUCGUCCAGUGCUUAUCAAGAUAGAGAAAAUAGGGGAGUAACCCAUUUUGUGGAGCAUAAGAAAGCAUACGAUGAUCGAAGCGGCCAAUUUGAAGACCCUCCGAGAGAGAAGAAAAAGCAUCCUCCGAAGCGUGCAAUGGGUGGCGCACCUAGUAGUGGUGAAUAUGAUUCGAGUGAAGGUAACGGAGAUACGCUUUACUGCGUAAAAAAGGAGAAUGGAUCUGGUGGAUCCAAUGAAUCUGUGAAAGGGAAGGAACUCAUGACUAACGAGGAAGAGAAAUAUUUCAGUAGGGACAUUGCGAAGAAAAUUUUAAACAACAUGGACCUUAUGUACAAGCUCAGCAGAGGCACACACUCCCGGGAAGAUGCAGAUGCUAAUGACGAGGAGGAAGGGGAUAAAUUCAAAAUGAGGCUCCUCAACAAGUACAACACCGUGAAUUAUGUAAGCAAUGUAAUUCAAGAUUUGAGUAAAAAUCGUGGAGAGGAUGAGAGGGAAGAAAAUGACAGCGGAGUAGACAGGAUUAUGGGCACUUCAUUUGGCAUCAACAUGGGAGCUGUUGCGGAAGGUUCUGAUGUGAACAAUAAGAAUGGUGGUAACUACAAGGUGAUAAAUACAAAUGUGAAUAGCGGUAGCGAUAAACACGACCUUCUCAUUCCUAGUGGUGGCAAGGUGAAAGCACUAGUAAACAGACGAGGAAAAAAGAAGCAGACGAUAUUGACAAAGAGUAAGGAGAAUAUUGUUGUUGGGCAUGACGAAGAGGAGGAAGAUUAUUCAAAGGGAAUGUACAUCAUGCAUGAAAAUAACUCCAGUAAUGCUUCACAAAACAGUAAUAAAAUUAGCCCAGGCCAAGAUGGCAUCCAAAGUGGUAACAAAUUGUCCGGGUCAAGUAAUUCUAACGGACCUAAUCUGCAGAAGCGUGUAGAGUGUAUGAUGAAGGGAAGUUCUUCUAUUAAUAAUUAUGACUACAGUAGUUAUGGAGUUAACAGUAAAGGAAACCCUGUGGAAUUGAUGAAAUCGAAGCAGAAGUAUUCUAGCCAGGCAGGAGAGCAUAAAUAUGUAGUGGGUCAGAACAACAAUAGGAGUAGCAGUUCCACUAACCCCGUCUACCACAUAAGUGGAAAUAAAAUGGGGAAAAGUAAAACCGAGUCCAACGGAAAUAUUAAUACUUAUCAGAAUGGUGAGUACUCCGAAAGGGAGAGUAACUUGAAGAAUCUUGACCGAAAGGAAGAAGAAGCCACAGCUUUCUCCAAUUAUAACAUUUCCAUGGGGAAUAAGACAAGUAAAGUUCGGGAAAUUGCACCCAAUGAAUUCCCCGUUAACAGUACAAUGAACAACUUUUGUGGACUCAUACAAGGCAAUAAUAGAAAAAAUAAUGACACCAAAAAAUCAGGCGCCAAUUUGGUUAAUAUAAAUUGCGAGGGCAGGGGUGUUGAUCACAACCAAGGUUCGAACAACUAUAAGGGAAUGUACACGAUGGACGGGGAUGGUACAGAACGGGCAAAUGAAUCGGUCCAAUAUAACUGCGAUGAAAACUAUAGCAAGGAAAUUCCGGCUAAAGUAAACUACCACAGUGUAUUUUCGUCGCGUAUUCGAAAUGUGAAAGGAGAAAAGUACAGCUACUUGAAAAAGUCCAAGAAAUGUUCUAACCUUGCCAAUGUGAACUCCGAUGCUCAUGUAGAAACGGAUGGUGAUUAUGGUGGAAGCUACCAGAGGAAGGACGAGUCGGCUAAUUCUCAAAUGAAGGACCCGCUUAGAUACAAAGGGGGUAAAUCUCACAAGGAAGAAUCCAUUAAUGGUAAAAAUGGCAAAGGGGAAAAUGUUUUUGAAGAAUAUGACAAAGGAAGUGAUGUGAGUUACCCCGAUGAGGGGCACGAUCGUCAGGGUCAAGAAAAUCCAUCUCGCGAAUUUCACCAAUCCUGUCAAUCUGCUCAGUCUGAUAAAUCUCACCAAUCGCACCAAGUAGAUAUGCUGACAAAUCUCCCACCAGAGGUAUUCCAAGCUGGUUGCACUAGCAAUAACGCUCCCGCACGGUAUGUGCAUAAACGCUAUAGCCGUAACGGAGAAGGGGAAGUGGAACAGUUCUACAAAGUGGAAGAAGACGAAAAAUCUCACGUGGCAGACCAUACGCAUGAGUUAAAUGAGAAUGAACAGAAAGAUGAACAAAAUUAUUGCGACCAGUGGAAUGAACAUUUUUUAAAUGCACUGAAUGAUGUUAAAAGGAAAUUGAAGCAAGCUUCCAAUAAAGGAGACUAUUCGAAAAGUGGCUCAUGUUCUGUAUCGGCGAAAGACGUUAUGAAUGUGGAACACGAGAUGGAAAAUUUUACCAAGAACAAAAAUAGUUUAUACCUGAACAACUAUGAAGAAAUAAGCAAAGCCAUUUUUAACAUAACAGAUAAUCCCAAAAUUGAUGAUCUUACGAAGAAGAAGCUGCUGAGUAGGAUUGAGAACUCCUUUUUUACAGAUAAGAAUGACAUCAUGCCACUGUUGCAUGGAGAAGGAGAAGGGGAUGCGAUGCAGGGAGAAAUGCACCAGGGGGACUACAUGGAAGUUCUGGCGGAACAGGAAGAAGUUGUAAAAGGUGUCUCCAGAUGCGGUUCCAAAUGCGGUUCCAAAUGCGGUUCCAAAUGCGGUUCCAAAUGUGGUUCCAAAUGUGGUUCCAGAAAUGAGGCAAUGGGGGGGACAAGAAAUAGCAACAAGAGUCUCCCUAAGAAUGGCACAAGAAUCGUACACCAGGGUGAUCACCAGGAACGGUUGGGUUACUUCAAUCAAGGCGAAAGUGUCAGAAGAAGCAAAAAAAAUGAAUUCAAAGUUCAGCACACUUCCUAUCCCAUCGAUGGUGUGAGAAACCGGAAUUCGAACGAAUGCUUCGGCGAGCACUUCGAUGAAUGCUUCGAUGAAAAUUUUGGCAAGAGAUGUUCUACAUUACAACAGAUGAUGGGGCCCCACGAGGGACAACAGUCGGGUGGAAAUGCCGAUUAUGCUUAUGAGGAGAGUAAGGCGCACUUGUACGAUAUGAAUGGAAAGGAGAACACAAAAAAUGUUCGUGUUAAAGGAAGAAGAAAUAAGAGAUCCAAAAAAAGCAUGAAUGUUACAGACGAAAGAGGAAGAGAAGACGAAGCGUUACAACUGGUGGGUGAAGGUAUGAAGGAGAAGUAUGAGACAUGUGAUGGGAUAAGAAAUGGAAUGAGUGGUGCCGAUAACGGUAACGCUGUGAGUAGCGAAAACAUCAGCGUUGUUAGUAGUGGCAAGAAUGAAGGAAAUUACGUAGACGAGAUGAACAUCAACCUAACACAUAAAAAUUUGGUGCAGGAAGGCCCAGUGAAGGCCCCCCUAGGUAGUAGAACACUUAAAAGGGGAAAACGACCUAAUAAUUUUAAGGAGAAUAAUGACCAUGGGGAAUUGAAGAAAGUAGCAGCGAGAAAGUGCGAAAGGGCCAAAGAGGUGGAGAAGUACGGAAGGGAAGUAAUCGACCAUGCUGAUGAUCGUCUCUUUCUGUAUAGCAAUGUUGGCAGGGGUAGCAGCCUCGGAAGCGGAUACACAGCUGGCGGUGAGACGAACGUGAACAACGAAGAAUUCUCGAGCAGAAAGUUUCACCCCGAAGGGAAGAAGCACUCGACGCAGUACGUCAGCAUGAAGGAUGAGGCAUAUCCAUCCGUGGAAACGAACAAGUCCGUGUACCCAAGAAAAAGAACAGAACAUGAGGAGGAAGACCUGAGUCUAGUUAGCGUACGAAACGAAUACGACGAUGGUAGAGAAAUGGCAAGCACCAUGAGCAGGUACAAAUCUGAUGAUAUAUUCAUUAAGAAAUAUGAUUUAACAAAUGAUGAAAAGAAGCAGAAGUUGUACUUAGCCGAUAUUAUGCGAAGCAAUGAAUUGAAACAAAUGAACGACAGCUACUUUAAGUUGAGCUCGAACUUCCCAAGUAACCUCCUAAGUACCAGUACUAGCAGCAGCUAUAGCAAUGACAACCUGAGGGGCAGCACCAACAACUACAGUUUUAAUGAACUUUCUUCCAACACAUUAACAAGCAAAUUUCAUUUGGAUGAGAGCAUGCCCAGCAAUAUGAAUCUGAGCUCACAAAUGUAUAGAAAUAACUACAGCUCUUAUGAGAAGAAGAAAAAAAAAUCAGACAAGAGAAAUUUGAGCAGUUUAUACAACAAUACACCCACGACAUAUGCCACGUGCAUGAAUGACAGUAGUAGCACAACAAUGAAGUUGAUCGACCAUGACAUCAGCAACGAUGAGAUUAUGAAUCAGAAGGCUAAGAAUUAUAUUAUGUCUGUGAACGGGCAGAACGACAAAGAGGGUGUGAAAGACAAUCAAAACGCUGAUAUGCAUAUGGAGUAUCUCACGAAGGAAAUCAUUAAAGGGAAUAAAAAUAUUAUUAACUUGAAUAAAAAAACGGGAGAUAAUAAGAUGCAGGGGGAGAAGAACGAUAUGCUGGUGAUUCCCGAAGGCACUCCAUUGAGCGAUGCUCUUAGCAGCAACCCCAAUUUACCGUACGGGUUGAUUGUGGAUGGUGUUGAUGAUCACAUCGGUAGCCACACAAUUCAUGCGAACCGUACAAACCUUACGAACAGCAACGUUGGAAACGAUAAUGUCCACGUGGAAGCAUCUGUAAAGGGAUAUGCAGAAAGAUUGAACGAAAAGGAACUAGCCGAGGAUGGUAAGAACCACAGUGAGAAUGGAAAAUACUUAAAUUUCCUGAAGAAGAAAAUAUCUUCCUCGCAUUCGGACCAUAAAGGAUCCGACGUGUCUAAUCAUAUGAGACAUAACAUGCUGCAUCAAAUUGAUGUGAAGAGCGAAAAUGAAUUCUUGCUGAACAGAAACAACAGUUUGAAUUUAAAUUUUGGAGAACUCUCACAAGGAAUGUUGGACUAUGAUAAUAUGGAGGAUGAGCACAGUGGUGUUAAUAGUAGCAGGAACCACGCAUACGAUGGCAUGGUCCGAGUUAAGGAUGAGAAGAUGUGCAACUCCAAUUUCUCCGAUCAGGUUAAAAUGUCUGAGAGCUUUGGUCAGCAGAUGGUCAUCGAUGCAAUGGCGCCAACGGACAAGGAGGAGCAACUGGGAGAGGAUGCUGCAAAUGGAACAAUUAGUGAAACUGUCAGUGGAACGAUUAUGGGGGCGAUUGAUGGAUCACCUACCGACCAGGCUGUUGGUUUGCCCAGUGAUGCCCCUAACGAACCAUCGAACCCCAGUGGGUCGAGCCCAAAAAAUGAAAUUGACAUAUCAAUUUGCACGCUGGCCAACUGUCCCACACACAACCCUCAAGUUUACACAAAAAAUGGUUCUAGAAAAGGAGACGGGCAAGGAGAGGGAGGAAUGAUGCAAGAAGAAAAUGAUGAAUUGAAGAGAAUCCCUGGAGUUUAUUACGACAAAAAUUCACAGAGAUGGUUUGGAGAACACAAAAUAAACGGUGUAAAAUGUGCCCAAAGUUUUGCUGUGAAAAAACAUGGAUGUGAAGAAGCGAAAAGACUAGCAAUAGAAUGGAAGAAAGCAAGAAUAAGGGGAGAAGUAUGGGAUCGAUUUAUAAAUAAAAAAAAGAAAAGUAGUAACAGCCCCAACUGUGUGAAUAAGACAGCCAAGACUAGCCGACCAUCUGUGGAAGAAUUACGAAUAAAGUACCUAUCCAUGAGUAAGAACAUGCCGAAGGUUAGAGGAGUGUGGUUUAACUCGACUCCACAAAGAAUGGGAUGGGUAGGACAAGCAUACAAAAAGUGUAAACGAAUUGAAAGAAUAUUCUCUGUUAAUAAGUACGGUUUCGAAGGUGCAAGAAAAUUAGCCAUUGCAUUUAGAAAUUCACAGAAACCGUCCAACGAAGAUAGCGAUGAAGACAGUUGGUCUAAGAAUGAUAAAAUGGCCAUAGAAGGUGGAGAGGAAAAUUUAAAUAAUUAUGAAUACAAGAAUGAAUACUCAGGGUCGAACGAAUUAACAAUUAAAAAUAAUAACAGCAGUAGUAGUAGCAGUAACGAAAUUAAUCAUACCAAAAUAGAAACGAAAGAUACCAGAAUAAAUCUCUGUAGAGAUGCUAUCCUUUUCAUUCUGCAUGACCUAGAAACCAUCCUCGAAUUAAACAUUCCUAUGCUCCAUAAAAAUGUCAAUAUUUACAAAAUUUGUAUAAAGCAUCACUUAAAUUAUUUAACUCUCAUCAAAAGUGAAGAGCAGAUUAUUCCUUACCUCAACAUUUUUGGGGAUUAUAUUCAAAGAUGCAUUUUGCCGACUGAUUUGCCCUACGCCGAACUCUACGUACUGAUAGACUCCCUCGUCCAUAAUGACAUUUUACCUUCAUUUGAUCACAAGGAAAACUUCUCCGAGUACGCCAUGGCGGAGGACCCCGGAAUUAUUACCCCUUCCAUGUUGCUGUGA